ACGUUCGUCCAUUCCUUUGCUGGACGCAGGGCAUAACUGUUCGCGGGGCAUCACAGCGCCUGUUUGCCUCCGGCCCAGGGAAGUUCAGCCGGUCUGGGUUCCAACACACUGCUGUGUGUCAGGUUAAAGACCAAACCGCUCUCUGACUUUCUCCAUCCGGUGGUGAGCCGAAAGACGCCUCUGAUUUCUUUCAGGUGUUGACGUUGAGUAGGCCUCGUUAGCAUAGGAAAAUGGCUGCAACCAAAGACGCCAUCCCUUCCUUAGCCGAAUGUCAAUGCGGAAUAUGUAUGGAAAUCCUGCUGGAGCCGGUAACCCUUCCCUGCAACCACACGCUCUGUAACCCGUGCUUUCAAUCGACUGUUGAAAAGGCCAACCUGUGCUGUCCCUUCUGUCGCCGCCGAGUCUCUUCGUGGACUCGAUAUCAUACCCGAAGAAAUUCUCUUGUUAAUACAGACCUAUGGGAGAUUAUCCAAAAACACUAUGCAAAGGAAUGCAAGCUUAGAGUCUCUGGGCAAGAAUCAAAGGAAAUCGUUGAUGACUGCCAGCCAGUUCGUCUGUUGAGUAAACCUGGGGAGCUGAGACGAGAGUAUGAAGAGGAGAUAAGCAAGGUGGAGGCUGAACGACAAGCCAGCAAGGAAGAAGAAAACAAAGCCAGUGAGGAAUACAUACAGAAAUUGUUGGCGGAAGAAGAGGAGGAAGAAAAAAGACAGACAGAAAGAAGGAGAAGUGAGAUGGAAGAACAGCUGAAAGGGGAUGAAGAGCUGGCAAGGAGGCUCAGCAUCAGUAUUAACAAUAACUACAAGAAAGAUAUUUUGACUUCUCCUUCGAGUUCCAGAAAAUCAGAUGCAGUCACAAACAAGUCACAAAAGAAAAAUACAAACAAACAAAAAAAUUUUGGAGAUAUUCAAAAAUAUUUGUCACCUAAAUUGAAGUCUGGGUCUGCAGCUGUACAUGAGGAGGAUAAAAGCUGCAUGUCUAAGGAAAUUGACAGUAGUGACAUGAAGAGCCCUGUGUGGCAAGACACAGAAAUUGAAAAAGAUGAUAUGCCAACACUUUCUCCGCAGGUUUACCUAGAAACUCAAGAACAAGGUUUGGGGUCUUUAGUAGAGUCACCUGUGCCAUGGAUGUGUGCCAGGGAUGUCGAACAGUGCCUUGAAGGAGCAGCUGAAACACUGUCAACCAAUCCUGAUGAUAUAUGUGUUGUAAAUCAUGAGGGAACUAAAGCCAAAGUGUCCUGCUCUAACGAAGCUACAGUUAAGCCUUGUGGUAAAGUAGAAAAUGAGGAGUGCUCUGUGUCAGGUAUGACCCAGUUAGCUGAUGGUAACGGAGUUCCAGAAAGUAGAGUGUAUCAUCUAGUGGUUGGAAAAGAGAUUUCUGAAAGAGAAAACCAGGAAUCUGUGUUUGAAGCAGUCAUAGAUCCAUGCUUUUCUGCAAAAAGAAGGAAAGUAUUCCUCAAAUCCUCAGAUCAAGAAGAAACAGAAGUGAAUUUUACACAAAAACUGCUAGAUCUGGAGCGCAUGCUUUUUGAGAGACAUAAGCAAGAAGAAGAGGACCGAUUGUUGGCAUUGCAGCUUCAGAAGGAGGUGGAUAGAGAACAAGUGGUGCUCAACCGGCAGAAAGGCUCCCCCAAUCAGUACCAGCUGCGCACAUCUUCACCCCCAGACCGACUGCUGCACAGACAGAGGAAGAACUCCAAAGAUAGGAACUCCGUCAAGCAGACUGAUGCAGAGCAUUCAAAAUCUCAGAGGAGCACAAAAGAUGAGUAUAGGCAACCCUUCAAAAGCACAUGGAAGGAUUCAGUUAAUGGAAGAAAGAUGCCACAUUCAGCUAAAGAUGAUUGUAGUAAUGUAUCUAAACGCACUUAUUCCCAACAGCCUAGUAAUUCACAGAAAAGUAUUCUUCAGAUGUUUCAGAGAUGAACCAAGCAAAGCAUGGGUAAAGAGAAUAUUCUGUAAUCUAGUAAAGCUGUAUUGUAAAACUAGCACUUUUCCAUCAUAAGAUCUUGAGAGGUGUGUCAUCAAUUUCUGCUAAGCAAGCACACUUACUCUUGUUUUAAGGUGUGGUUACAAGGAAGAAUUUACAAAUAUGUUUCUGCAAAAAUCAGUGAUAAGGAAAGGUCCUUACGAAUUGUUUCUGUUAUUAAUAUGUUAUUAAUAACUGCUAUGCUCUGACUGCAACAGUCUUUACAGGUAUAAGAAUGCCUAGGCUAGGACAUCUUCAGGUGCCAUUCCCUUUCCAAAACUCUUUCGGCCUUUCUUUUGUUAUGAAGGGGUGAGGAGCCUAACACUAAAGUAGUUCAUUCCCGUACCUGCUUUAAUCUGAGCGUUCUAGCGUUUCCUGUGAUUUAGGGUGGAUCAGGAUCUACACCAACUAGUUGACAAAAAGGCUGCUCGGUUGCUAACACAAAAGGGUUGCAGAGUGGGAUGGGGCCGAGUGAUGGGUUGGCAGUUAGGGCCACUGGAACUGUAGCAGAACCUGGGUCCAGAAUGGGCAAUGGGUUUCUUGUGGCAGAACAUUCUCCUUCAUCCCUGUGACAGAAAUACUUUGGGUCUAUAGCUAUUCACACCAGGGUAUCUUGGCAAAUAUUGGGAUAUUUUUACUGAUCUAGAGAAAGGAAUUUACUACAGGAAAAGUGUACCAUAGGCUUCUGUUGAAUACCCUGCGUUACCACCCUCAAUGCUUACUGGCUCAGACUUUGUGUUUGUGUGCAAGGUAAAUCCAAAGGGAACUGACUUUAUCUUGUGAAAUUUGAACUUUUACUGUUACCUUUCCUUUUGUUAAGACAAAUAACUUUUCAGCAGACCGUAGUUCCACUAGCAUUUCUUCUGGGUCCUGGCAUCCACUUACUGUUAACACAGUGAACUCACUGUCCUGCCGCAGUGUUUGACUUGAUCCACAUUUUUGUCAUUUGAGUUUUUCUUUCAAGUUUUAAGAUUGUUUUUAUGUUUAUCUUUGUAUGUUUUUUUAACUUAAUGCUUUAUGUGUUGGAACUCUAAAUUUAAAGUUAUCACAUGGAAUCUUUGUGGAAUAGUUCAUGACCAAAGGGACGAAGAAAAACAGGUCACAGAGUGCUAUGGUUAGAAUUUAUACACUUCCCCACCUGCUGCUCUGUGGGGAAGUUGUCUUGCCUGAAGUUGGUUUUGAGAUUUGUAGUUUCUCCUUUAACCUUUCUGUUGUUCCUGUUUAUGCCUUUGUGUUAGAAAGUAUUACAUUUUUUAUUGAUCAUUAGUAAACUGUUUUUUCCUCAUGUGGAAAACAUUCAGUUUUAUCAGAGUAUUAACACUGUGCAGAUGCUGAAAAUCAAAAAAUUAAAAAGAGGCCAAGCAUGGUGGUAUAUGCCUAACUAAUCCCAGUACUUGGGAGGCAGAGGCAGGGGCAUCUCUGUGAGUUCUAAAAAUAAAUAUAAUUAAUUAAAAGAAUGAUUAAUGAAAAA